UGAUUGGCCGUCGGCCGCGGGCCGCGGGCCGCGGGCGUCCCGAGGCGGCCGCGCGGGGAGGGGCUGGCGGAGUAGUCCGCGUGCGGAGCCGGGAAGAUGCUGCUGUCCCUGGUGCUCCACAUGUACUCGCUGCGCUGCGUGCUGCCGGCAGUCGUGCUGCUCGGCACGGCCCCCACCUAUGUGCUGGCCUGGGGGGCCUGGAGGCUGCUCUCCGCCCUCCUGCCUGCCCGCUUCUACCAGGCGGUGGACGACCGGCUCUACUGCAUCUACCAGAGCACGGUGCUCUUCUUCUUCGAGAACUACACCGGGGUGCAGAUAUUGCUAUAUGGAGAUUUGCCAAAAAAUAAAGAAAAUAUAAUAUAUUUAGCAAAUCAUCAAUGCACAGUGGACUGGAUCGUCGCCAACAUUCUGGCCGUGCGGCAGAGCGCCCUGGGGCACGUGCGCUAUGUGCUGAAGGACGGGUUGAAGUGGCUUCCCUUGUACGGCUGUUACUUUUCUCAGCACGGCGGCGUCUACGUGCGGAGGAGCGCCGGCUUCGACGAGCGGGCCAUGCGGAGGAAGCUGCAGAGCUACACGCGCGCCGGGACGCCGAUGUAUCUUGUGAUUUUUCCAGAGGGAACAAGGUACAAUCCAGAACUAACGAAAGUCAUCUCAGCUAGUCAGGCAUUCGCUGCUCAAGAAGGCCUGCCAGUGUUAAAGCAUGUCUUGACCCCGAGAGUGAAGGCCACCCAUGUGGCUUUUGACUCUAUGAAGAACUAUUUAGAUGCGGUUUAUGAUGUCACAGUGGCUUUCGAAGGGACUGUGGAUGAAAGAGGGCAGCGGAAGGAAGCGCCGUCCAUGGUCGAAUUUCUCUGCAAAGAAUGUCCAAAAAUCCAUAUUCACAUUGAUCGUAUAGACAAAAAAGAUGUCCCAGAAGAACAAGUAUACAUGAGAAGAUGGCUUCAUGAACGUUUUGAAAUAAAAGAUAAGCUGCUCAUCGAGUUCUAUGACUCGCUGGAUCCAGAGAGAAGAAACAGGUUUCCCGGGAAGAGUGUGCCCUCUAAACUCAGCCUUAAGAAGACCUUGCCGUCACUGCUGGUCCUGGGUGGCCUCACGGCCGGGCUGCUGGCGACGGAGGCGGGGCGGAAGCUGUACGUCAAGACGUGGGUCUACGGGACCCUGAUUGGCUGCCUGUGGGUCGGUAUCAAAGCCUGAGGCCGCCCGGCGGCGGUGCCUCGGCCGCGUUGGCGGCGGCGCCCUCCGUCGCGUCGCUUCCGCAGUUAAAUACGGAGCGUAAAUAAAGCCUUGUUGAUUGAACUCUGGUUAAAACAGAAUUUCUGACUAAAGCCGCAGUCGGCCUGGGCAGACUCGCCUGCUGUCGCAGCCUCGGCGCGGGAGGUGGCGGAGAGCGCGAAAAGCUAACGCCAGCGUGUGCCGCCCUCGGCGGCGGAGGCCGCCGCCCCGCGUGGCCGCGGCGGGGCUCCUGAAGGCUCACUCGCCCUGUACGUCACUGUGUGUGUUGUUUCCGGUUUCCUGCAACUUCCCCGGUCGAGGCGCUUGACCACUGGAGCAUUGAGUAGCUUGCCGCUGUGUGAUGCGUGGCUUUCGGCGUAACUUCCCCGAGUCGGUGGAGGGAACGGUCCUUAGGCUUUGAGGAGGAAGGCGAGGCCGGCCCUGGCGAGGGGCUCUGGGGAGCGCCUGCGACACGUGCGGAUUUCCACUCUGUAUUUGCAAAAAUAAUUCGCAUUUCUAAUAUUUAUUGAAACAGCUUAAUUUGCACACCCUGUGCUCUUCACAGAAGACUAAUGUAUGAAGUGCAAGAAUUAAGUGUAAGUUAAGAUCGGGACCCUCGUUCCUGCAGCAGAGCUUGAACUUGCCCGGCAUGUAGAAGACUCCAGCUAAGCGCUCAGAACCUCGCAACGUCUGUGCCAUGAGUACUUGAAAACCGGAAGGUUUCCUUUUAUUUUUUUAUCUCAAAAUGAUCCUUGUGUUCCCCUGUCGGAUCUGGUUCCGCUGAAGCCUGAGGAGGGGCGGCUCUACGCGUCCGCCGGCUAUGCCCGCCCGUGCCUUCCGCCGCUCCAGGCCGGCGGAGCCCUUGGUCCUGCAGCCGCGUGGCUGUCGCCGUCGCU